AUGUCUCAGGUUCCAUUUGCAGAUCCACCAUGGCUGAGAGGCUUGCCCUCACCAUACUUCAACGAUUCACAUCGCAGAUUCCAAGUCGCCUGCAGAAAGUUCCUCGACGAGAAUCUGCAUAAGGAUGCGAUGGAUUGGGAAACAGCGGAAGACGUGCCCUCUGAUUUAUUCGCCAAGUUUGCCAAAGGAAACUUCCUAAUCCCGGCAUUGCCAGCGCCUUUACCUGUAGAAUGGCUGCACAAGUUGGGUGUAACGCAUAUGCCCGGGGAAGUACCGGUAGAGGAGUGGGAUGCGUUGCACACGAUGAUAUACUCAGAUGAGAUGAGUCGCUCUGGGUUGGCCGGACCUCCGGGAUCCUUGACUACUGGCAUGGCAUUUGGUGUUCCUCCUUUACUGCACUAUGCAAACGCCGACGUGCAGAACCGAUUUCUCCCUGACCUACUGCUUGGAAGGAAAAGAACCUGCAUUGCCAUCACUGAACCGGAUGCAGGAUCAGAUGUCGCCAACAUUACUACUACGGCUGAGCUCAAAGGCAACGAGUACACCAUCAACGGUGCCAAGAAGUGGAUUACCAAUGGCGUUAUGGCAGACUUCGCAACCAUAGCCGUCCGUACCGGUGGUGAAGACUCAGGAGGGAAGGGCAUCUCGCUGCUUGUGGUUCCUCUUGCGAAUCAACCCGGCGUGAGCAGGAGGCGUCUUAAGGUCGCGGGCCAGAUUGUUGCCGGUACCUCCUAUCUUGAGUUUGACGAUGUCAGGGUGCCGCGAGAGAACCUGAUCGGCAAAGAAAACGAGGGCAUGAAGUACAUCAUGCACAAUUUCAAUCAUGAGCGGAUGUUUAUCUCGGUGGGCGUAACAAGGCAAGCUAGAGUAGCUCUGAGCGCCGCAUUUGCGUACUGUAUGCAGCGCAGGGCGUUUGAUAAGACUCUCAUCGAGCAACCAGUGGUCCGACAUCGGCUCGCCAAAUGUGGAGCUAUUCUCGAGUCGCAGUAUGCUUGGGUUGAAUCUUUCGCAUUCCAACUAUCUAAGAUGCCAAAGAAGACUGCAGACGAGGAGCUUGGUGGAUUGACUGCCUUGUGCAAAGCCAACGCUGGCAUUGUUCUCGACGAGUGUGCGAGAUGUGCUGUGCUGCUAUUCGGCGGCAAUGGUUACACGCGUACAGGCAAGGGAGAGAUUGCCGAAAAAAUCUACCGCGAGGUUCCUGGUGCGAGAAUACCAGGUGGCAGCGAGGAUGUCUUGCUGGACUUGGCUAUUCGGCAGUUGACGAAGCGGUUCCGUGCCGAGACCGUAAAGGAUAAGACAAGGUCCAAGAUCUAG